AUGGAGCAGGUUUCAGCAAAAGACCUCAGCGAGAUCCUCGUCCGAUUCCUCCACCGGUUCGAGUACGACGACAACGACCGCCUCCCCCAGGCUGAGCUCGAGGCCAUCUACAACUUCGUGCUCCCAUACAUCCCCGACAACAAAAAGAUCGUGCGUGAAAUGGCCGACUACGUGCACUGCACCUUCUCCUUCCUCCCGCUGGAAAUCCGCCAGGCAGUGGCACUGUACGACGCUUUUCAAAUGUCGAUGGACGACACCCCUGUCGAACAACACGAUAGCCUCCAGGGUCUGUGCGCGGAGCUCUCGGCCGGCGACAAGGUGCAGCACCCGGUCUGGAGCGAGUUCUUCAAAGCAAUUCCGCUGCUGCUCAAGCACUACGGGCCCUACGUGCAGACUACAUUGUUCCGCGGCGCGCUGGAGUUCAUCCAGGCGACCUGCCUCGAGCGGACCCUGUUUCGGGGCCACGCCGACUCGUCGUAUCCGAGUUAUAUCCGACGCAUGAGCGCCCAGGGACCCGUCCAGACCUCCAUUUGCUUCCCCGAGGCCGAGUUCCCCCAGGAGAAGUACCUCUCGCUGAUCGCGUCCCUGGAGGCCGAGUCGGAGGACUUUGUGGCACUUGUCAACGACCUGUUCUCGUUCUACAAGGAGAGCGACACUCCGUUUGAACGGAUCAAUUUUCCGCUUAACGAGGCGGCGUGCAGCGGCCGGUCGGUGCUAGUGGUGCUAAAUGAAAUGGUGGAGAAGGCUGCCGCCCCGUGGGAGAGAGUACAGAAAAUUCUGGGCUCGAUGGACUGCGGCGAGCUCCUGUACGGUCGCGUCCACGCGUUCUUCAAGGGCUACGUCCGCUACCACCUCUCGUGUGCCCGGUACAAGAUCGCGAGUCUCUGCGCGGAGGCGGGAAAUGAGGAGCUCCAUCGGUUCUACCAGAUGAGUGUUGUGGCAAGAAACGGGCAGGCGAACUAG